CUUAAACUUGGUUCUUACUAUGAAAAAAGUAUAAGAACAUCCAAAGGCAAAGAGAAAGCUACUGACAAUAAAAAUUCUGUUAGACAAAUUGGCAGUAGUUCUGCACAAUCCACUAUAUUAACUCAACAAGAUACUUUGUUUCUUUCUAAUAUACCUCAAACGCAACUAACAAUAUAUCACCCUAUGCUUUCUUAUCCUGCUGCUGGUGAACAAAAUGAAA